GCUAAAGUGGUGAAAUCAGUACCAUGGGUUACUUUGUCAAAUUCAAGUUAUGGCCACACCAAUACAUCGAGGGCUGUUAUUAUUGGUUUUAGCGCAGGCGCUACUCCAUUGGGUGUAGCUGAUAUCUGAGCGUAGAGGAGAUAAUCCUGAUGUGCAAAUCAUAUCCACCUCCAUAUCCGGAUCUGCUGUACACACAGCUGUACAAUGUGUGCGGUCCAUUCCAUCUGACUGGUACGUACAGCGCAAUCAAUGUACACCAGAUUCGAACUCUCUCUUCCUGCUCCUGGGUCAGUUCUUUCCUGUUAGGUUCUAGACUUCUAGUUAGGUUUUUCAAGGCUAAUAAAUCAGAUUCUAGAAGCCCUUCAUGAAUGCAGCCCAUGUGUGUGUGUAACAACAGUGCGAGAGAGAUGGACCAAAUUGACCGAUAAGUGAGAAAAUCCGAGUCCAUUUCUUGAACCCCACGUCUCUGUAGAAUGGAAUCUGGCCCAGUGGAUUUCUGAUUUCUCUCCCGUCGGGAUCCCAUUUCCUCCCCCUUGAAGUGUGUAAGUAAAACCAAGCCAUCUUCGACUUGGACGCUUAUUAGCAUUUUGCAGAAGUCUGAUAAGACAGACAAGGGAGAUUGGAAGUAUCCCAAUUCCCCAAACCCAACCGGGCAACCAUUAUAAUAUCGGUCCAGCAGAUGCGAGCUCAACUCAACAACUUGGUAUGUAAACUAGCUGAGUAGCUAAGCUAAUGAUGAAGAACGACGACACCGACUACAAUAAUAGCCGUUCUCGGAUCCUCCACCUGCUCGGUUUCAAUCAAUCAGCGGUGGCCCAUGUAAUUACUUACGUCUACUUGUUCCUCCUAUCGCCGUCGGUGGUGCCGUUUGCCACUGCGCAACCCAAUAGCAUCAGUAAUACAGAGCCGCAAUAUGGGAAUUUUAACCCAUCCAUGGUGAUCAUCAUAAUAAUCAUAGUUAUUCUCAUUUGCGCAAUUUUCUUCAUGGGCCUCUUCUCCUUUUACCUCCGCCAGUGCUCCGAGGAAAAUAACGGCGUUAGCGUACGGAACCUAAACAAUUUUGGUGAACGGUCCCAACGGGCGGCUAUGGGGCUUGAUCCUGCCGUGAUCGAGACAUUCCCGACCUUUAUGUACUCAGACGUGAAAGAAUUGAAGCUAGGGAAGCGAACCCUGGAAUGCGCUAUAUGCUUGAACGCGUUUGAAGACGAUGACACACUUCGGUUACUCCCAAAGUGCGACCACGUCUUUCAUCCCGAGUGUAUUGACGCUUGGUUAGCUUCUCACACCACCUGCCCCGUCUGCCGAGAUAACCUAGUGCUAGUGCUGGGAUCAGGCGAAGAUGUCGUCAUUUCGGUAGAGCAAACGCCCGACGUCCCAGAAGGGCAAUUGGACGUGGGGAACCCUAGGAUGGAGGCAAGUGAAGGCCAGGAACAGAACAUGGUAGAUAAGGAACAACUGGUGGCGCCUGGCCCCGGGGUCAUAAAUCAGAAUCCGAUCCCAAUUCAAAAUCGUCCGGGAAGAACGCGAUCGUCUAGAGGACCGCGGAUGCAGCGAUUUCAUUCGACGGGGCACUUGCUUGGGCAACCGGCCGGGGACGGGGAGAAUUGUGGGAGUUUCAAGCUGCGUUUGUCGGAAGACGCGAGGAAACAGAUAAUGAAGAGGAGGCUAAACCGGACGACAAGCUGCGUAGCUGUACCGUGUGAAGGAAGCACGCAGUGUGGAAGUGGAUACGGGAACAGGUGUGAAGGGAGUAGCGGAGGGAAGAGUUACAACAACCAAAUAAGAGGAGGAGCGGAACGGAGGACGAAAUCAGAACGGUGGGUGUUGUCGAUGGCGCCUUCAUUCUUCGCGAGAACGUUCUCAACUAGGUCAUGGAAGGCAGAACCGGACGCCGGACGGUGAAGCAGCCACUAUCCCCAAGGCAUUCUUUACGUCCACGAGAACGCCCUUCGAUUGUCUAGGCAGGAAUGGCCAAGGUGUCGACCCGGCCGCCUGUUUGAUUGCAUUGAUGGUGAUGUGGUCGGUCUUUCAGUUAUGUUUGAUUAAAACUCUGCUCCGUCUAAACAAUCAGUUUUUGUUUUGAUUAAAACUCUGCUCCGUCCUCCAGAGAAUUUUCCUUACAUUCAAAAUAAAUUACAGAAGUCAGAAAUCAUAAAACUCAUCGGAAUUAAUUCUUUCUUACCAAACGCAGCCUUACGUGGGGCCUAAAUGUUGUAUCCUUUACACGUUAUUAAUAUUCUAUCCUCGAUCGGGUUAACAUGGCAUCCAAGGUUUUCCCAAUUAAACAACACUUUGA